CUUGGCUGCGAAGUAGUCCAGUGUUAGAUUGCAGUUAGAUAUACAUUGACUCUGAAGGACUUCAUACUUUUCUUGUGGCUAGGAGCAACUCCUAAUUACCUUACUUUAGAUCCUUACGUCACGCUAGUUAGACCUAGUAAUACGUUCUAUAACAGAUCGUAACAUUGUAAACUAGUAUUAAUGCAGGGCAUUCAUGUCCGCCCUCGCGCGGUCGGCCAGCCCGUCAUGAACUGCACGGGGCCCCAUCUCGGCGUUAGGCCGGCUGGAGUUGCCACCACCGGCGGCAGGAGCAAGGUUAAGGGCUUUUCUCAGGUCACUCAGCAGCAAGUAUGCGCUAAAAGAAGCUCGGCCACCCCCACGCGGAAAGUAGCGGCCAAGGCGGUGUCAGUACCAAAGGUGCUAGUACGGCCACCGGGCCAGAAACAAAUGGAGUGGGUGGACCUCUGGGAGUCUUACACGUACCAGAAGGUUGUAUUCAUCAAGGAGGCGAUCACGGAGGAUGUGGCCAACAACAUGAUCGCGCUGACGCUCUACCUUGACUCGCUCGACCAAAAACGCAUCUACUACUGGCUUAACUGCCCGGGUGGUGAGGUGGUCCCCACGCUAGCGCUGUACGACACCAUGCAGUACGUUCGCAGCAAGACAGCCACCGUGUGCUACGGCAUGUGUUUGGGCAUGGGCGGCUUCCUGCUCACAACGGGAGGGGAGAAGGGCUACCGUUUCGCCAUGCCGCACAGCAUCCUCAUGAUGCACCACCCCUCGGGCGCCUCUCGCGGCCAGGCCUCCGAGAUGCAUAUCGAGUCACGCGAGCUGGUGCGUAUGCGAGACUACCUCUCGCUGCUCGUCUCCGACUCCACGGGGCAACCGUACGACAGGGUGAUUCGCGAGCUGUCGCGCAACAAGUGGAUGGACCCCAAGCAGGCCAUCGAGUACGGCAUGAUAGACAAGGUGCUCACCACGCCCAUGCCCAAGAUCCCCACCGGGCCCUCCUUCAAGUUUGAGCGCCAGAGCGACGAGCUGGUCGGGCUCUGAGAGCAGGGGCGAGGGAACUAACGGAGACGGACAGGGGGGCACAGGUUUGGGUUUUUGAAGCCUGUGGGUGGAUUGGUGGAAGAGUGAAGAGAAGUGAAGGGCUGAGGAUGAGGGGGCAUUUUGAGAGGUUUUAUGAGGGCCCUACGUGGGUGCGACGGGGGCUGUGGUUUGGGGCGUGGUUGAGAGGUGAAUGGUUGAGAGCGCGGUUUAACUCGGCAGCUGUGAGUUCUACAAACUUUUAAAACUGAGCAGAGGAACUUAGGAUUGACAUUGCUAGGGAGGUCUUGCUGUUUCUACAGCUCCCCUGCCGGACUUGGGGACCCGGGUGUUGCUGCCGCACGGCUGCUAGGUGAUGACAGGGGUCGCCACGGCAAGGGAGACUGUUCCGCGGGGGAUUAGGUUUUCCAGGACCG